AUGGUUGGAUAAAUAAAUAAAUAAAUAAAUAAAUAAAUAAAUAAAUAAAGCAAAUAAAUAAAUAAAUCAAUAGCUACCUAUUCUAAUAAUCAAUUGUUUUUAAGCUUACCUAGACAUGACAAAUUAAAUCAAUUGGCUAAAGAGCAAGAGGGCAAAACUGUUACUUAGUUAUUUACAUUAUUAUUUUUUAUUUUAAAUAAAUAAGUAAAGGUGAUCUUAGUGAUAGUAUUUUUAUAUACCUUCAAAAGUAUUUAGAAAUUAAUAGAAAAUUAUAUUUUUAUUUUACUUUCUUAUAUUAUUUCAUGUUAUUAUGUAAUCUAUUUAUUUUACUUAGUAAUAUAAUUAAGAUAGAUGAUUUUCAGUAUUAUAAACAAUUAAUUUAAUUGGGCGUAUAAUAGAAUCUAAUAUAAGAAAGUUUUAUAUAUAUUAAUUUAUAUAAUUAAUAAUACUAAAUAAUAUUAUAGUUAGCUUUGUACAUCUUAAUAUUAAGUAUAUAUUUAUUUUUUAAGGUAUUCAUUAUAAAUCAAAUAAGAUUAAAUGCAAAUCUUCUAAAUAUUAAUAAAUCAUGUCAUUUUGUUAUUUAUUUAGUUUGUUAUUUCGUUAGUUAGUUAGUUAAUUGGUCUGAUCACUUUAGAAUCCAUAAUCCAGCUUCUUAUUAAUAAAUGA